AUGGCCCAGCCCAACUCCGUCAGUUCCGGAUCGGCGCAGUUCCUGACCACAGCUUCGCGGCGUAAGCAAUUACCUGUUUCAUCGGAAGAUGAAUUGGGAAGAAUCAUUGAGCAGACACUGUCCCUCUCGCUCGAUGACAGAAGACCAUCUUCUCACCGCGAUGGUCUUUGGGAAAGCUACAUCAACCCAGCAAUCCUUACAAGCAUCGCCGCGUUUGUUAGGCUAUAUAAGAUUUCGCUACAUGACAAAGUUGUUUGGGAUGAAGCUCAUUUUGGUAAGUUUGGAUCUCAUUACUUACAACAUGAGUUCUAUUUCGAUGUGCACCCACCAUUGGGAAAGUUAUUGGUUGCACUCUCGGGAUAUCUAGCUGGAUAUGAUGGUUCUUUCUCUUUUGAGAGUGGCCUUGAAUUUCCUCUGCGGGAAAGUAUCAUGUUCAUGAGAAAGUUCAAUUGCGCUUUUGGCAUUCUUUGCACGCCAUUGGCUUACUUCACGGCAAGAGAAUUGGGAAUGAGCCAACUCACUGUCUGGUUCAUUUCGCUUCUGGUGGCUUUAGAGAUGUUAUCCUUAACUUUAUCCCGGUUCAUUCUUCUAGAUUCUAUGCUCCUUUUCUUCACCGUGUCAACUUUUUUUGGACUCAUCAAAAUACAUUCUCUCAGAAACGGUAAUAAGCUCAUCACAAUGAGGGGUUUUGGCUGGUUGAUGUACACCGGUGUAUCCAUCGGUUGUGUGUGUUCUGUCAAAUGGGUUGGGUUGUUUGUAACCGUUCUAGUUGGACUCUACAUCAUCUAUGAUUUGUUAAUUCGCUAUUAUCAAACAACAGUGGAGUCAGAAAGCCUGGUAUUGAAAUUGUCUUGGCCAAAAUACUUACAGCACUGGCUUAGCAGAAUCAUUUCGCUAAUUGUUAUUCCAUUUGUGAUUUACGUCGUAUCAUUCAAGAUACACUUUGCUGUCUUGAACAGAUCAGGCCCUGGUGAUGGUUCGAUAUCCACACUCCUUCAAGCUACUUUAGAAGGAAAUACAAUUAGGUAUGGCCCACGCUCAGCAGCUUAUGGCUCUUUGGUCACAUUGAGAUCUCAAGGCUUGUCUCCAAAUUUGCUUCAUUCGCAUAAUCAUCGGUAUCCAGAGGGAUCACAACAACAGCAAGUGACCACAUACGGCUAUAAAGAUAACAAUAACGAAUUCUUAAUUGAGUUUGAUUUACAAACUUCAUUGACCGAAAAAAAAUUCGCAACCCUUGAGGAUGAGGAAAAGCAACUGGAUUUUGUCAGCGAUUUCGAGACUCUUGUAAAAGAUGGUGACACAAUAAGAUUACGGCAUGCAGUGACGGGAUGUUUCCUUCACUCACAUUCUAUCCCUGCCCAUAUUCUGACAGGGCACUACGAAGUUAGUUGCUAUGGUGGCGUUGACAUUCCAGACGAUAAGGAUGAUUGGGUGGUGGAGAUAGAAGCGCAAUAUGAAUCACCUCUGCCAGCUUUUGCAGAUGAGGACCCUGAACUUCUCCAUCCGAUCUCUUCCAACUUCAGAUUGAGACACAAAGUUCUUGGCUGCUACUUGGCCACCACAGGCUACGCUUAUCCAGCUUGGGGUUUCCAGCAAGGUGAAGUGAUUUGCAAAAAUACAUUUCUUGCACAAGACAAGAGUUCCUGGUGGAAUAUUGAGGACCAUGUGAAUGAUAAGCUAGAAAUGCCUAAGGAUCAAUAUGUGGCACCAAAACCAAGGUUCUGGAAGGAGUUCAUUCUCAUCAACUACGGCAUGAUGGCGUCCAAUAACGCGUUGGUGCCAGACCCUGACCAUUAUGACAAAUUGGAAUCACAAUGGUGGGAAUGGCCUAUUUUGAGAAAAGGUUUGCGAAUGAAUGCCUGGUCGCUUAGUGGUUACAGAUAUUUGCUCAUGGGCAACAUUUUUGUAACAUACUUUACGACAGUAUGUAUUCCAUUGGUAUGUUUGCUCAUUGGAUUUAUCUUUAUUCAAGGACAAAGACAGGCGAUUAACUUGAAUGUCACUGGUCCUGAAUGGAACUUCCUUUUGUCUGCGGGAAUCUUGCCUCUCCUAGGAUGGGUGUUGCAUUAUUGGCCAUUUAUCGCAAUGGGCCGUGUCACUUACUUGCAUCAUUAUGUGCCAGCUUUAUACUUUGCCAUAUUUGUUGCAGGUUUUUUUAUGGAGUACUUGGUUGCGAGAAGAGCAAAUAAGUACUUGAAGUAUGUGAUUUACUUGGUUACUUACGUGGGAAUUAUCGGCAGCUUCCUAUACUACAAAGACUUUUGUUGGGGAAUGACCGGUCCCUUGGAACAGUACAAGCAUCUCAGUCUUUUGAGAACAUGGCAAGUGUACUAG